CGGGCUGGUGUCACAUGACGGCGGGCGCUGGAGCCGGAAGCGGGAGUGGAGCGGUCGCCGCCGGGAGUGAUGCCAUGGCCGCUGCGGGCUCCAGCAGGGCCAGGGCCGGGCCGCCCUGCGAGAAGUCCCAGCUCUCCGUGAAAGUCGUGUCCGUGAAGCCCAAGGCACACAGCCGCCUGUCACGGAUGAACUGCUACGUGGAGGUGGCAGGUGACGGGCUGCCUAGUGAGACCAAGAAGACGGGGAAGCAGAUGGGGAGCUCUGAGCUGCUGUGGAACGAGGUCCUCAUUCUGAACGUCACGGCUCAGAGCCACCUGGACCUGAAGGUGUGGAGCUGCCAUACCCUGAGGAACGAGCUUCUGGGCACCGCCUCUGUCAGCCUCGGCAGCCUGCUGAAGAGCGGCGGGAAACUGGAGAACAGGCAGCUGACCCUGGACCUGCAGACGGAGAACAAAGGCAGCGUUGUCUCCGGCGGAGAGCUGACGAUUUUCCUGGACGGGCCUGCUGUUGAUCUGGGAAGCCUGCCUAAUGGCAGUGCCGUGACAGAGGGUGAGUGCCGCCCGUCUCCGCAUGCAUGCAGCGGCUCUGAGCACGAGGUGGUGAGCAGCGGCGGGGAGAGGAGCGGGGCUGAGAGCGUGGCCCCCGGGACCUCUGAGCAAGCGUCUGAGUGCCAGCAGCCGCCUCCUCUCCCAGGGCUGCGCUCAGAGCCACGGUGUGCUGUGGGACGGGACGUGGCACAGCGGUGGGCGAGGAGAGCACCCCAGCAUAAGGGCAGGGGGUCCUUGUGUGCUGGGGCCCAGGUGCCUGGACGGGACCCUGGCAGCACGGCUGCACCCGCAGAGGGCAGACACCAGCCUCCCAGUACAAACUGCUUUGGAAGCAGACCAAGGACGCACCGACAUGCGGCUGGAGCAGCCAGGCAAAACGCGGGGAGCGGAGAGCAAAGUCCCAGUGCCAGGAGCCGGCACCGGCAGCAGGCCAAGAGCACGCAGCACGCCGGUAUGGCCAACGGCACAGCCAACGGCACAGUGAACGGCGAUGCAGCGGGUGCUGUGGACAUCGAAGAGGAAAGGCCGGCAGCGGUAGCAACUGUACCGACCCCGGCGGCAGCAAGCGUGGCUGACAGCUCCGUCGCUCCUGCCCUUCCUGCCUUGACCAGCUCUGGAGAGGCAGAGGAGGCAGCCUCCGGCUCCAGCGCCCCACCGGCCCGGGCAGCAGUGCUAGCCCUGGAUGCUUUACCCCCCGGGUGGGAGCAGCGAGAGCUGCCUAAUGGUAGAGUCUACUAUGUAGACCAUAACAACAAGACCACCACGUGGGAGAGACCUCUUCCUCCGGGGUGGGAGAAGCGUGUGGAUCCUCGAGGCAGGUAUUACUAUGUGGACCACAACACCCGUACCACCACGUGGCAGCGCCCCACGGCCGAGUACGUCAGGAACUAUGAGCAGUGGCAGUCCCAGCGAAACCAGCUCCAAGGAGCCAUGCAGCAGUUCAGCCAAAGAUUCCUGUAUCAGUCGUCCGGCACCCCGUCUGACAAUGAUCCUCUCGGUCCCCUUCCUCCCGGCUGGGAGAAGAGACAGGACAAUGGGCGAGUGUAUUACGUGAACCACAACACACGGACCACCCAGUGGGAAGACCCUCGCACGCAGGGGAUGAUCCAGGAGCCGCCGCUGCCGCCCGGCUGGGAGAUGAAGUACACGAACGAGGGCGUGCGCUACUUUGUGGACCACAACACUCGCACCACCACCUUCAAGGACCCGCGCCCUGGAUUCGAGUCUGGGAGCAAGCAGGGUGGCUCCCCGGGGGCAUACGACCGGAGCUUUCGCUGGAAAUACCACCAGUUCCGCUUCCUCUGCCAUUCAAACGCGUUGCCCAGCCACGUGAAGAUCAGCGUUUCCCGACAGACGCUCUUUGAGGACUCCUUCCAGCAGAUCAUGAACAUGAAGCCGUACGACCUGCGGCGCCGCCUGUACAUCAUCAUGCGAGGAGAGGAGGGCCUGGACUAUGGCGGCAUUGCUAGGGAGUGGUUCUUCCUCCUGUCCCAUGAGGUGCUCAACCCCAUGUACUGCCUCUUCGAGUACGCUGGCAAGAACAACUACUGCCUGCAGAUCAACCCUGCCUCCUCCAUCAACCCCGACCACCUCACCUACUUCCGCUUCAUCGGCCGCUUCAUUGCCAUGGCUCUGUAUCACGGGAAGUUCAUCGAUACUGGCUUCACGCUGCCCUUCUACAAGCGGAUGCUGAACAAGCGGCCCACGCUGAAGGACCUGGAAUCCAUCGACCCUGAGUUUUACAACUCCAUCGUCUGGACCAAGGAGAACAGCCUGGAGGAGUGUGGCCUGGAGCUGUACUUCAUCCAGGACAUGGAGAUCCUGGGCAAGGUGACCACCCACGAGCUGAAGGAGGGUGGUGAGAGCAUCCGGGUGACGGAGGAGAACAAGGAGGAGUACAUCAUGCUGCUGACGGACUGGAGGUUCACGCGGGGUGUGGAGGAGCAGACCAAGGCUUUCCUGGAUGGCUUCAACGAGGUGGUGCCGCUGGAGUGGCUGCGGUACUUCGACGAGAAGGAGCUGGAGCUGAUGCUGUGCGGCAUGCAGGAGAUCGACAUGAACGACUGGCAGAAGAAUACCAUCUACCGGCACUACACCAAGAACAGCAAACAGAUCCAGUGGUUCUGGCAGGUGGUUAAAGAGAUGGACAACGAGAAGAGGAUCCGGCUGUUGCAGUUUGUGACGGGGACCUGCCGCCUGCCUGUCGGGGGGUUCGCGGAGCUCAUCGGCAGCAAUGGGCCCCAGAAAUUCUGCAUCGAUAAAGUUGGCAAAGAGACGUGGCUGCCUCGGAGCCAUACAUGCUUUAACCGUCUGGAUCUCCCUCCCUACAAGAGCUACGAACAGCUGAAGGAGAAGCUGCUUUAUGCGAUUGAGGAGACAGAAGGCUUUGGACAGGAGUGAUGGAGCGUUGGUGCUUUCCCGGGGCGGGGAGGGCCCUGGAGCGCUGCUGGCCACAAGGUCCUGCCCACCGGUGCCUGCGGAGCCCAGCCCUCUCCCUGGGAUGGUGCGCAGGCAGCUGUGGAUGCUGUUGCUCUUGUUCCUGUGCGAGAUCUGCGCUAACGCAACCCAGGGGGAAAUGGGUCCACGUUUCCCUCCCCAAACAAAUUUGAGGUGUGGUGGGUAGGCGGACACAGAAGCUCGUGAGGGGUGUGGGCUAGGGCAGAGGGGACGGGGCAAAGCCCUGCACCUUGGCAGGCAGCGUGCAGAGCACCGAGGCUCCCCGGUCCCCCCUCACAGACACAGGUAAAUGAGAUCUGGUUUCGGCACAGGCUAGUUUUUCCCCCUAGUGUUUUCUGCCUUCUCAUGGCAUUUUAAUACGUGCAGGUGAGGAGGGGAAAUGACUCUCGAGCCACCUCUCAGGUCACAUCUGGGCCCUGUCCCGCACCCAGCAAAGGUAGCGGGGAAGCCCCAGUUGACGGCCCCUUCCCGUGCCCAGGGCCUGGCCCACCACCUCCGGUGCGCGUUUUGAUUUGCAAGCCUGUGGCCCCGCUGCAGGUGUAUUUAAUAUUUAAGCGAGUUGUUGCUCGGAGCUGGUGCUCUGGAGCAGCCUCGGGGGCUCCGGCCGCAGUUGGGCACCUCUGGCCUCGGUUGGUGGGUUCGGCCCAAACUCCCCGCGUUUCCUCUGCCGCCGGCCGGGCUGGCGGCAGGAGCUCCCGGAGCUGCAGGUGGGGGCAGGAUCAGGCCUCUGCCCCUUGCCUGGAUGCCACCUCUGCUGCCGCCCCCCCCUCCCCGCUGUUCAGAGGGGAGACGGACCCGCGGGAGCGUUGGUGUACGUAGCUGUACAUAACGGAAGUCUAUGGAUACAAGAUGCUGCGAUAGCUUUUGACCGGUAACCGGAUAGUUUUGUACUGCACUGUCCUGCCUCAGCGACGCUGACUUCUUGUGCAAUAAACGAUAAGCAGCUGCC